UCUCCGCGGAAGCCAGAACGUACUAGAUUGAAGAUAUUUCUAAGAAAAAUGUUUUGUUAUUGUAAUUGUUAUUGUUGGGGUUGGCUGGAACGUGACGUCACCUUGUGCAUACCGGAAGUAAACGCCGUGUUUUGUGUGCGUGUGAUGCUCACACUUGUUUUGCGUGGAACUCUGCGGCCCAACAAGUGACUUGUGUUAUUUUAUCUGCGCCCUGCAGCUCCGGUUACUCCCCCCUACCGAGUGGACCCAGAAGUCUGCUACCGGCAAGCAUGGCCACUGCACAUUCCAGCGGGCCUAAAUAUAUCUAUUAAGGGCACAGUGGGAGGAGGACAGGGGGUUAUUUUUGGGCCAUUCGACUGUUGCAUGGUGGUAAACUAGCACCGCUCCAAUUAUCUUUAACGGCUGAAGAAGAAGAAGGGAGGCCCGGUCCAAACAUGCCCUCCACGGCGAGAUCCAAGGCUCGGGAGCGGAACAGCGUCCUGAGCAGACCCGAGUUCAUGUCCCUAAAUCAGCCUCCUCGAGGCGGCGGAGGGCCCUCGGAGAACCGGGGAGGUGGUGGUGGUGGUGGAGGUGGAGGUAGUGGAGGAGGUGGCAGCGGAGGCCCGAGGCGCUCCAGCUCGAUCCGGCACCAGGCCAGCCAACCAAGCGAGGACGCCGGAGACGGUGCGCCGGGUAAGAUGCCCGAGGAGGACUGCAUGCAACUGAACCCCUCCUUCAAGGGGAUCGCCAUCAACUCCCUCCUCGCCAUUGACAUAUGCCUGUCCAAGCGCAUGAGCGUGUGCGCGUACACGUCGUCGUCGUGGGGAGGCUGUCGCUCCAUGGUGGCCCUGCUGGCCCUCACCGGCCACGGCCUGACGUGGAUCAUCGGGACCAUUAUCUGCCUCACCAGGAGCAGCACCCUGGCCGGACAGGAGGUUCUGGUCAACCUGCUGCUGGCCCUCCUCCUCGAUGUGCUGACGGUGGCAGGAGUACAGCGGCUGGUGAAGCGCAAAGGACCCUGGGAGAUGGCGCCGAGCUUCCUGGACUGCGUGGCCAUGGAUGUGUACUCGUUCCCAGCGGCGCACGCCAGCCGCGCCGCCAUGGUGUCCAAAUUCCUGCUGUCCCACCUGGUGCUGGCGGUGCCGCUCCGCAUCCUGCUGGUGCUGUGGGCCUUCCUGGUGGGCGUGUCCCGGGUGCUGCUGGGGAAGCACCAUUUGACGGACAUGCUGUGCGGCUUCGUGCUCGGCCUCUUCCACUUUGGCUUGAUGGAGACGGUGUGGCUGUCGUCCAACACCUGCCAGACUAUCAUCUCCAUUGGCACCCUCAGCUGGAGCCCCUUCCCAUGAUCCUCUUCUCAUACUGCCAGGUUCUCUGUCAAAAGGACUUUGUUGGUGUCGUGUCCCACAGCAUUCUCGCUGCAGGGCUGCAUGGAAGGCCUUAAGACACAUGACUUGUUUUUAGUUUACAUAAACUAAAAAUGAGGCAUUUUACUUAUUAUCAUUUUCUUUCAUCAUAACUUUAUGCCUUUCGACAAAGCAUUAUUAGGGCCGAUAUUAAAGGAAGAAAAAGUUGUGAUAAUAAAGUUGUGUGUUGUCCGGUUAAUGUUAAUUCUCGUAAAAUCACAAAUGUAUUCUCCAAAAAUUAUUUAAAAAACUAAAAAAAACUGUAAUAUUUUUAAUAGUUAGUAAUAAAACGUUUUAUUUGGAAAAUUCUGACCUUAAUGAAGUAUUGAAUUACAUGUUUUAAAUAUGAUGACUCCUGGCAAAAUUACGACUAUUUUUAAAAUGUUUUAAAAUGUGAUCUUUGUUCUCUAACAUUUUAGUUUUAUUCUUGCAAUAUUACGACUUUAUUUGAUCAUAUAAUUAGAAUUUAUUUGAGUAAAAUUUUUACUUUUUUCCUCUAUUAUUAAAUUUGUAUUCUUGUAUAAUUACAACUUUAUUCCAUCUUGUAUUAGAAUUUAUUCUGAGUUUUCUUUUUUCCCUCAUAUUAAAAUUUUAUUUUUGCAAUAUUACAACUUCACUUUAUCAUAUAAUUAUAAUUUAUUCUUGUAAAAUUGUAUCUUGUUUUCUAACAUUACAAUUUUAUUCUCGUACCAGUGAGACUGUCGUAAUAUGUAUAUUUUUUAAUUAGCGUAAAAUUACUACUUUUUUUUUUUCUAAAAUUGUUUCUCCUCAUAAAAAUCCAACUUUAUUCUCAUGCAUGCAAUUUAAUUUUUGAAAUGUUUUUUCUUUCAGAGUGGCCUUAAUACUCCUUUGUUGUGUAUUCAUUGAAAAACACAUGGAAAGGGAUGAAAAACAGUGCCGUUUGCUGGACCUGACUGGACACUGCUCCUACACAGUAUGUUCCUUUUGCCAAACUUCUUCCAAACAUUUUCUGACAGGUGUAGCAUUAAACGUAACUCACUUUCGGAGGUCAUGCAUUUCUGUAUGUUUAUAAUCUAAAGGGCUGAAUUGGUUGAUUCAAACUAGUACAAGAAUUAGUGCAAACACGUAUUUUUGCAUAAAACAGCCAUUUUCAUGUAUGAGUUUUUGUCCAAUGUCUUCAGUUAAGCUGCAGUUUCAACGAUUGUGUGUUUCCAACAUUUCUCAAAUAGUUUUGUGUACAUUUAGAGGCAUUUUUUCUGUGCGGGUAUAUUAUGUUUUUACCUAUUUACUCCCCCAUCCGACUAAUAAAAGGAAGUAAAAGGUUAUUGUUAUUUCAUGUGUGCAUUUAGCAGUCAUGGUUUGAACGGUUAAGAAGCAUAAGUCACACUUCUGCACCAGAGCACUUCACACAAAGCUCGAGGGUUUUAGUUCUGUUUUUCUUUAGGUUUUUUUUGUUGUUGCUGCACACAUUCAUGCACUGAUGCAACAACUGACGUUUCCUGUCUGUUGCCACAUGCAAACACUCCUGGCAGGAAACACAGAGUACACUGCAAAGUUCAUGAGAACAGAAACUGCACGCAGGCACCAAGAAAAUCAGGUGUGAAUUGCCAAACUCUGUCAGCAGAAAAUCUGUUCGAAACAAUGAAAAAGACAUGACACAAAUUCAAGUGUUUGGUAUAUAACACCUACAGUAAUUUCUGAGCAUAAUAAUGUACAUUACAAUGGCCCCAAUAUGCAUUUUCCC